AUGACUUCAAGCGACGUCCGUGUAGCCAUCGAGGGCUGUGGACAUGGCACGCUCAAUGCCAUCUAUGCAGCAGUGGAGCGCUCAUGCCAGGAGCGAGGCUGGGAUGGAGUUGACCUGCUCAUCAUUGGCGGCGACUUCCAGGCUGUCCGCAAUGCGGCCGACCUCAACGUCAUGUCGGUGCCCUUAAAGUAUCGCGCUCUGGGCGACUUCCACGAGUACUACAGCGGCAGCCGAAAGGCGCCCUACCUGACCAUCUUUGUGGGGGGCAAUCACGAGGCAUCGGCCCAUCUAUGGGAACUCUACUACGGCGGCUGGGUAACGCCCAACAUCUACUACAUGGGCGCCGCCAACGUCCUCCGUCUUGGGGGACUGCGCAUCGCAGGCAUGAGCGGCAUCUUCAAGGGCUUCGACUACAAGAAGCAGCACCACGAACGGCUGCCCUUUAACGCCGACGACAUCAAGAGCUUCUACCACACGCGGGAGAUCGAUGUCCGCAAGCUGCUGCAGCUGCGCACUCAGGUGGAUAUCGGCAUCAGCCAUGACUGGCCGCGGCGGAUCGAGAAGCACGGCGACCAAGAGCAGCUGUUCAGGAUGAAACCUGCUUUCAGGUCCGAGUCGCGGGACGGCACCCUGGGCAACCCGGCCGCCGAGUACGUCUUGAACAGGCUACGGCCUCCAUAUUGGUUCUCGGCACACAUGCACUGCAAGUUUGCCGCUAUCAAGACGUUUGAUCCCCCGACCGAGGGAAAAGAGAGGGCCGCUCAACCCACCCCUCAAGCGACGGGUGAGGCUGAGGCUGAGGCUGGCGCUGACAUCGCCGCAAACCCGGAAGAGAUCGACCUUGACAUAGAGGAAGACAUAUACGACGAAGGAGAGCGGGGAGCGGAAGGGGGACAGGAACAGGAGGCUCCAAAAGAAGCCAGCACGGAGGAGCUCCGCGCCCAGCUCCCGGCCGCUUUCGCCAAACCCGUUCGAGUAACCAGCACCACCACCACCACAACCCCCGGCCAACCGGUGCCGGCAGGGAUCACCAAUCUGACAACACGCUUUCUAGCCCUAGACAAGUGCCUCCCGGGCCGCGAUUUCCUGCAACUAAUGGAAAUUCCCGCCACCUCCACCUCCACCUCCACCGUCUCCUCUUCCUCUUCCCACACCCGCCCCUUCCGCCUGCAGUACGACCCUGAAUGGCUCGCCAUCACACGGGUGUUCCACCCGCUCCUCACCAUCGGCGACCGCGACGCCACAACCCCCCCCGACCUUGGCGAGGCGCACUACCUGCCGCUGAUCGAGGCCGAGGAGAAGUGGGUUGAGGAGCACAUAGUCUCUCGCGGACGGCUGGACGUGCCGACCGAAUUUGUGAUGACGGCCCCGCCCCAUCAACCAGGCAUCGACCCGGAGAGGCUCGAGGACGGCCGGGUGCAGCCCGAGGAGUACACGAACCCGCAGACGGCGGCGUUUUGCGAGCUGAUUGGUGUGCCAAACCUGUGGGAUGCCACUGAGGAGGAGAGGGCGGAGAGGAAGGCCGUCGGACCCGCGCCGGGCGGAUACAGACCCCCUAGAGGAGGGAGGGGGUUACGGACUGUAUGGAUUGGUAUUUGA